GUCUUUUUCCCCAGGAUUUUGGGGAAGAAGCGAAUCAGUUUGCAAACCGAGAAGAAAAGGACAAAAAGUGGAGUGGUGAGUGGAAUCAGUUCCCCAAACAACAUCCAGAUUCUCGGAGAAUGGGAGAAGUUGUCUGUGAGCUGUAAAAUGUUCCCGCUACACCGAGAGAGGGAGCAGCCCAUCUUCAGCGCCAGAGCUCAUGUCUUCCAGAUCGACCCGGCCACUAAGCGCAACUGGCUGCCAGCCAGCAAACACGCCGUCACCGUGUCCUUCUUCUACGAUGCCAGCCGUAGUGUCUACCGCAUCAUCAGCGUUGGCGGAACAAAGGCCAUCAUCAAUAGCACCAUCACCCCCAACAUGACCUUCACCAAAACCUCCCAGAAGUUUGGCCAGUGGGCAGACAGCAGGGCCAACACCGUCUACGGCCUGGGCUUCUCUACGGAGCAGCAACUGCAGCAGUUUGCAGAGCAGUUUAAGGAGGUGAAGGAGACGGCCCGUCUGGCCAGAGAGAAAUCUCAGGAGAGGUUUGAACUAGCCAACCCUGCGCUCAACAUUGCAGCUCCAGAGCUCUCCCAGGAGUUGUCGGAGGAUCGCCAUUCUCCGCCACUGCUCGCAAUCAACGGGCCGGGCGAGGAAAAGCUGUUUCGCAGCACGAGUGCCGAAGUGGAGCUGACGGCAGAGAAGGAGAGGGUCAAAAAGAUGUUGUCUGAAGGGUCAAUGUGUGAGAUAAACCUGGAGGCUGAACUCUUCACCCUGCAGGACAGUAACUCCAAGUUGGUGGAAGCACUGCAGGAAGCCAACAGCAGCGUGGAGCAGUGGAAGAAACAGCUGGCUGAAUACCAGGAGGAGACCGAUCGCCUCAGAGACCAGGUGGCAGAGCUUGAGGCCCAGCUGGGGCAUCCUGCUGCAGGUCAGACUGCUAGAGAGGAGCUGACUCGCUCACUAGAGGAGCUGGAAGCCCUGCUGAGCACCAAAGAUCAGGAAAUUCACAAUCUACAAAGCAAGAAAACCGAUGUGGGUGAGCUGGAGAAAGAGAGAGAGGAGGCCAUGCAGAGACUCCAGGAUCUGGAGAGACGAAACUGUGACUUGGAGGAUCGUGUCCAGAGUGCUGAAAAGACGCUGGCAUCUAACCGGGAGGAGCAGGACCAGGCGGAGGUUGAGGUCCGACACAUCAUCGACGUUCUGGACAUCAAAAUUGGCGACCUGAAAGACCUGAGACAGAGCUUGGCAAAACUCAUCGACAAAUAGCCACAGCAGCAGUUGGGCUGCAUUGCCGCAUUCAUCACUUGUUCCACCCAUGCGGCCUUGAUUUGUGUUUUACUGGUUUAUCAGCAGAGCAACAAUCAAAGCAAUAUGGUGGGAAACGGUACAGGUGUUUACCUUAAUGGAUCUGUGUUUUUAAGAUCAGUGCAGGUAAACAUCAGGUAUCCGAAACAAAAUAAAAAAAAUCAUUGUCACAUUCAUACUGCAAUUUUGGUGGAUAUGAUUAUCAUAAACAGUUGACAGUGGGGUCUAACAGGCUACUACUUGUUUUCCAUAUCAUAGUUCCCAGCAGCUACAUGUCCUUCAGCUCCUGAAGGGAAUAAUAUGAUUUUUACUCUUUUCACAAUCUGCCAUCACCGAACACUUUAGCUUUAGAUGAAUUUGCUCUGGAAGAACAGUGCCCUUUUCCAUGACAUUGCAAUCCAGUGUUCUUAAAGGCCCUGAACACCCACACAGGUGUUUUAAAUUAAUCUGCCUAAUUGGACCUCUUCCCAGGACUGUGUGGGUGUGUCUAGACUACUUGAUUGACAUGUUUCUGAGUCUCUUGUUAGCCUUGUUGCACCAGUUAGGGCAGGAAGAUUGACAGAUUUACCAUUCUUAUUGGUAGAAAAGAUUUGUGACCUAAUAAAUACCCAUCUAAGCUCCAGCCCAUCUUCAACCUGAGCAGAGGUCUAAUCAGCCACAAAAACUGAAAUCACCUGUGUGGGUGUUCAGAGGCUUAAAACGCUGAGUAGUGGCUGCUGACAAUCUUUGCAGUGAUAGUCUCAAUUGUUUAUGGUAAUAAUACUGAUGUCUCAGAAGGACUGCAAAAGUAGACAUUUCCAACAGAUAUCAAAAGAUUUUCUACUUGUUUUUACUUAACAAGAGGCAGGAGUAGCAAUAAAACUAGGAAAGAAUCGAAA